CAAUUAUUUUAAUAAAAAAACAUUAGACGUAGGUAUUUGUUUUUUUUUUUACAGAGUCAGACAGUAUUACAGUACUCUAGUUUUCGAACGUACACUAAACAUCCGAUUAGACAUUUUUAUUUCAUUUGACAUUGACACUUUUUGUAUGACGUGUGUAUUGUAAACAUUGAAAAAAUACGAAAACUUUCAAUUGAAAUUCCUGCUAAUAUUCAUUAAUCGUGAAAGCACAAUGGAUAAGCCGCUGUACGAUAAUUCUACUAUGUUAAAAGCAGUAAUACUUAUAGGGGGACCGCAGAAAGGGACCCGCUUCCGGCCUCUAUCUCUUGACACUCCAAAGCCUCUAUUCCCAAUAGCCGGAGUACCGUUGAUUCAGCAUCACAUUGCUGCCUGUGUCAAGCUACCUCAAGUCCGGGAGAUCCUCAUCAUUGGCUCUUACACGGCUGCAACUAUGGCACAGUUUGUUGGUGACAUGCAUAGAGAAUAUUCUGUUGCUAUUAGAUACCUCCAAGAGUUUACACCACUAGGCACUGGUGGAGGGCUAUACCACUUCCGUGACCAGAUCCGAGCGGGGAACCCGGCAGCUUUCUUCCUGCUCAAUGGGGACGUGUGCGCUGACUUCCCACUUAAACAGCUCUGGGAGUUCCAUAUGGAGAGGCCUAAUUCUCUGGUUACAAUUAUGGGCACAGAAGCGACCCGCCAGCAGUCAAUCCACUAUGGCUGCAUGGUGCGCGAGUCCAGUACAAAAGCAGUAACACAUUAUGUAGAGAAGCCUGCCUCGUACGUGUCGGCACUGAUCAAUUGUGGCGUUUACGUUUGCGCGCCGAGGGUGUUUCAAACUAUGGCAAAGGCUUUGGAAAGGAAAGAAGCUGACUACUACAGUGGCAACAACCAAACCACCCCAAACCCUGGUUGCAUGUCUUGGGAGCAGGACGUGUUGGCGCCGCUGGCUGGCACUAACACCCUUUAUGCUAUGCAGAUAACCAACUGGUGGUCACAAGUAAAAACUCCGGGCUCUGCCAUAUACGCCAACCGGCACUAUCUAGAACUCCAUAGAAAACAAAGUGACACACACAACAACAACAUACUGCCGGAUGUGUUUGUGCAUCCCACUGCAUGCGUUGACGACUCCGCUGUGAUCGGACCGAAUGUCUCCAUCGGCGCCGGGUGUACCAUAAAAGCGGGUGUAAGGAUAAAGGAGUCCAUUAUACUGAACAAUGCCACCAUCAGCGAACAUUCGCUCGUCAUGUACUCUGUGGUGGGUCAAAACGCAAGUGUUGGCGAGUGGUCCCGGAUAGAAGGGACCCCCUCAGACCCGGACCCCAACAAGCCAUUCGCCAAGAUGGAGAACCAGGCUCUCUUCAACGCGGACGGGCGGCUCAACCCCUCCAUCACUAUCUUAGGUGCCAGCGUGGUGGUGCCCGCAGAAACCAUCCUUCUGAACACAAUAGUGCUGCCCCACAAGCAUCUAACUAGAAGCUUUAAGCAUGAAAUCAUCCUGUAAACACACCGGUACAUCUGUUAGUACAAUCCACAGAUCCACAGACCUGCUAGCAUGAGUUCCGUCCUCGCGCGCGACUCCAUGCAUCUAGCGCGACUUCAAGUAUAGACUCGCGCGAGAACGCAACUCAUACUAGACGGUGAGGUGACAACCAAAACUAGCUAAUUACAAAAAAAAAACAAUCAAAUUUGUUUUAUUAUUACAAUACGUCUUUCGGAAUAAUCGCUUAAUGUAGCCAUAGACCGAGACGCGUGGAGGAAAGAGAGGGAAGCCUUUGCCCAGCAGUGGGACACAAUAGGCUAGCAAAAAAAAAUUGAAUAAAGUUUAUUAUGGCUCAGAACUUGUGGUAGUAAUUAGUGAGUUUUGGUUGUCACCUGACGAAAUUAUCUACUAAUUGUUUGUUUGUUACAUUGUUUUUAUAAUAAAUAGACCGCAAGCCAGGAACAGAUUUCCAUGGCCAAUAUCGGCUGUGUCAUAGUAGAAAGACCGUCAGCUGAUGCCCUGAAGGCCGUACCGCAGGUCCCACGAGUAGGUUAACCCACACAAAACGGCUUUUGGUAAAGCUCCUCGGAGUGAAACAUUAGACGUGUUUUCUAUUUCAAACGUGAGUGACCCGUUUUACUAUACAGUCAAUAUUGUAUAUAAAAUUUCAGUAUUAUAUACAAAAAAAUUAAACAAAUUACAGGGUGAAAUUGAGAGUGGGAUUAGCAACUGUCAAAGGUUUGGGUCUCUAGCUUUGUCUGUCAGAUUUGGCAUAAAGGGCCUAGCAUCCAGGCAAACUCCAAAAAAAAAACAAGUAUUGGACAAUAUGGGGAAUAUUAUGCGAAACUCUGCGUAGGGGGCGCCACUACCACAAUCCAUCACAAUCUGAGGGUCUACCGUGAAAGAAGAAAAUCGAAAUUUCGUUAUCUAACCUCUCUAUCACUCUUGCGUAUUCGAGCGAUAAAGAGGCAGAUAGCUAAAUUUUGAUUUACGCGGAUUUUCCCGGUAGGCCCUAUGUAAACAAACGUGAAAACUUGUCAAAACACAGUUUAAGGCAUAGUAUGUAUAAGUUACUCUAUGGUUUACGAUAGGUGGCGGCAGAACAUUGCAGGAAUACCCCCUAUUCCCAAAACCUAUGCUGGCACAAUCUGUAAAAUCCUGCGACUGACCAGCCCGAUUAGAAAUCACAUUUUUUACUGCACUUCUGAUUGAUUUAUUUGUAUACAUCUCGCUGGCCAACUUAUUGGUAAUAUAGUUAUUUAUGUAUUGUAGAAAAUCCUUUUAAAGGUAUAAUAGAAUAAGACUAUAAACUUACAAAGUACUGAAAGAUAUGAAUUUACCUUAACUAGAUAGUAAAUAUAAAUGUAUCUAUCACCUGAAAAAACUUAGGUAUUGUAUUUAAAUAAAUUGUUUUUUUUUUUCAAACUUGCAAUGAAAUGUUGAAAAUACUACAUAUCGGGUGCGAUGAGUGAAGAUGAUAUGUAAAGAAAUUUCAUACAGCUUUACACACCUAGGCCUGUAAGGCAACCUUCUUUUUAGGGUUCCGUACCCAAAGGGUCAAACGGGACCCUAUUACUGAGACUUCGCUGUCCGUCCGACCGUCCGUCCGUCCGUCUGUCACCAGGCUGUAUCUCAAGAACCGUCAUAGCUAGACAGUUGAAAUUUUCACAGAUGAUGUAUUUCUGUUUCCGCUAUAACAACAAAUACUAAAAACAGAAUAAAAUAAAUAUUUAAGGGGGCUCCCAUACAACAAACAUAAUUUAUUUGCCGUUUUUAUAAAUUAUGGUACGGAACCCUUCGUGCGCGAGUCCGACUCGUGAAAUUGCAACACGUUUUGGCAUUCAACCAUAAAAAAAACUUAUAAGCAUUUUGUUGGUACGUUACAUUCUGCCAUUACGCGUUUUUUUUUUGUGUAUUUUUAUUAUUACUUCAGGGUUAUCUAAAGGGGGUCGUAAAUUAGAUGAUUUUUGCGCUACGACGCACGGACACAAAAAACAUUAAAAAAACCUUAAUGGCGUACGUCGUAGCGCAAAAUAAUCAAAUUUUUAUUCCCAUCAAUACUUCACGCACUGAAUAACCUAUCCCAUUAGGACGUGAAACAAUCACCAUCAUCAUCAUAUUAUUAUUAAUAUUAAAUUGCAAGUUUGAGAAAAGCACUAUACAAAUCUCGGCGAGAAACAGGGUUGCCGGCCGCGUAUCACUAUUCGACCUCGCUACGCUCGGCCGUUUAUAUCUACUUAGUCUGCAACCCUUCGUUUCCCAGCCUCUAUAGUAAUAUUAGUAAUGUACUAUAUCCUAAACUUUUCAACACAGUGUUCAUCCAUAUUAUAAACGAUAGUCUUUCUCAUUUAUUUAUAACUAUUUAAAUUUAUUUGCACAAAGAUAUCUCUAAACAUAAAUAAAUAGAUAAAUUAAGAAUAUCUAAGUGUACUGUGUAAAAUAUAAAUAUUAUCUAAUUCUUGUAGUAGCUUAUUUUCAACUUAUAAGUACAUAAUUAAAUAUAAACUGUCGUGCAUACCUACUAACAUUGACGUAAUUUUACAGCUUAACUCAUGUGUUUUUUAGUUAAUCGCGCGACAUGUUUCGGAGAGCCUAAGUCUCCUUUUUCAUGCCCGCCUACAAUGACAGCGCAAGACCUUCCCCAACUGGCUCUCUCAGCGCGCGCGCAGCAUGCGACACGGCGCGCAGCAGUACGUGAAGCGCACCCAUUUAGUGCUUGGAAAAGGAGACCUAGGCUCUCCGAAGCAUGUCGCACGAGUGACUAAAACACUAAUAAUGUUAACGCCACCAGUCAUGGGACAUUUAAGAGAAUAUUUGGAGUAUUUUUGAUAUUCCACCGACACCUGUAGAAUUUCUACCGCUUUAUGCGUUAAAAGUUGUAUGUCCUAU